GUUCUGUUCCGUUGACACUGGCCUGCACGCUCCAUCCCUCUCCCAAGAAGUCCCAACUCCGUCCGUUGUUGCCCGUCCGCUGUGCCCUCUCGCGCAUCCACGCUCCCACUGCUCCUCCACAGACAUUUUGCAGUGAGUGGUGCAGUUGUCACCCGUCAAAACCUCCAUUUUCUCAUCUCCAUCCCAUCUGCCCCCCCAAUCGCCAUCUGUCUCUCGUUCUUGCGCCGCUUCCCUCGAUCUCCCCUGCGGUUUUGUUUGGGUCUGGGCUUGUUGAGUCGACAUACGUUUGUUUACUUCCCCGGGUUUUUCUUUUAUUUUUCUCGCGCUGCGGUUGUGGCUGCCCUGCCCUGACCUGGACACAGAGUUGAGUUUGGUUAACUCUCUCCGUCGGGCCCUUCUGUUCUGCACAAGAGGCUCCUGUGCUUCCCUGCGUGCCUUUACAUAUCUGGAGUGCCUACCUUACCUUUCAACAGCAGCACGCUUGACACAGGCACAAGCAUAAGCACCAGUCACCACUACCGGGCCUCUACCGCGCAACGAAACGGCCUCAGUUCAGCCAACCUCAACUUCCAUCUCAAGUGCCUCUCGCCCUUGGUUUGGGCAAGGCCCCUUCUUUCUCGAAUUUCCGCCCUCCACUUCCCUCCUCCCGGUCGUGGACCUCUUGCCUUCUCCGACUCUUCCGUCCAAUCUGCUAUCUUGUCGCCUUUUUUUGUCGUCUACUACUUCUUCGCAACGAUUCUUGGUGUUCGUGUUCCUGCUCUCGAGCUUGACAAAAGGAAUUAAGGAAGAGCAAAAAAAAAAAGGACCUGGCCGACGACACUCCGCAACAACCGCGGAAAUCUAAGAUUCGACUGCCUGAGAGACUCUUCGAGAGCUCCACCGAAUCGCUUCUCUCCUCCACUAUCUGCGUCGACCGUUCUAGUAACCCGGACAUCUGAUCAUCCCCCAUGCUUUCGCUCCAACAACCGACCAUCCUCCGGUGUCAAUCGUGACAUUGCCUGCGCCCAUCCUCCGUCGCACUUAUCGCUGUGGGCGGGUCGUGACAGACUCGACUUUGUACAGAAGGGCAAGACGUCCACGGUGAUAGUGGACUUCUUCCCUGCCACAUCAACAACCCAUCUUCUUCCCCCCUCCCUUGGCCGCAGGCGUCCCUCGCUUUAUAGAAACAAUUCUUCUCCCAAUCAUUUCCCCCCCAAAGUCCCUAUCCCCUCAAACAGGCCUGCUUCGUUCGAGGUCGAAAAAACAUCCUCUUGCCUCUAUCAGCGGCGGAAAAAGAUUUCCUCGUUAGCGAAAGGCUCCACUGUUACUUUCCUUGAAAUCACACCAUCUCCUUGGUUCAGUUACAAGUACCGUUCAACGUCCUGAUUCACCUCACGGCGGCGGGACGACAGAUCGCUCAGGUUUGACAAUGGCUGCUUUGGUGCAAGGCUAUCCCCGGCAAUCUGGGACUGCUACCAUGCUUCAGACAAGACCGGCCUCCUCCACCGGCAUCAUCCAGCCUGCCCAGUCGCAGUCAAAUCCACAAUAUGGUCACAACAUGUCCCAGAGAAACAGUAUACACGGGAUGUCUGGUGUAGUCGGCGCACCAGUGGUGUACCGUCAAGCUUCUGGCUCUGUGCAACAAUACGCUUUUACCAACGCGCCAGCUCUCAACCACGCAACACAUCACCACCAAUUCAGGCAACACCGUACCUCGUCAACACCAUCCGUUCCCCAAGUACAGAACUUUGAUCAGUCUGGAGCGCAUACCCGAUACCAAUCCAGCAACUCCAUGACAAAUCUUCCCAGCCCUGCAACUACCAGUGGGCAAUCAGCCGGCGGUUCGAGAGACGAUUCGGUCAUUUCAGUGGGCAGUAGCAGGAGAGUCGCUCCUUUACCUCGGCCUCAUUCGGCGCAUCUGGGCGAAACCUUCUCGGUACCUCUGAUCGCUUCCGCGGGCCCGCCCAAAGUGUCGCCAGAGAGGUAUCGCCGGCCAGCGCAACGGGCGAAUGAAGCAGCACCAACCAUGUCAAACACGUCGGAGCACAAGAGCGGUAUGCUGCGCGGUCCAAACGGAGCACUCCCACACCGGCCAAAUAGCUUCGCCGGUGCAAUGGGGGGCUCAGCGGUCGAUGACAUGCUUCUCCCUCAUGGUCAAGUCCGAGAGGAUGUCAAGAGAGCUAGGAGACGCAGCAUGCCUGCAUUGGAUUCCGCCGGUCUUGCGAUGCCCCUAGCCCCCCUCUACGCUGCUCAGCCCACCGAUGUGUCCUCAAAGUCACGAAAGACUGGCGAAAAGGAAGCCAAAUCUUCCGGACGAACGGUUAACAACUUGAGUGUUGGUCGAGUUGCUGCCCAUACACGUACCAGCAGUACUGAUAGCCGUUCGUCGAGCCGCAGCACUGCUAGCAGUGGAACCCGCCCAGCAUCUUCUGCCAACCUCAGCGCCAAUGUGGCCAACCCCACCGGAAACCCCGCUCACUCUUCUAUCCCAGAACAACACCACAGCAACGGCCAAGAUCACGCUCGACUGGUCAACAUCCCGCCAAGAGGAUCUUCUUCCGAUGCUACCAACACGAAGCGUCUUACUAACCUCUCUCCUCUCUCUAAACCUGUGGCUAUGGAUACUGACGCCGGACGGAACGCGACCGCUGGUGUCACCGCUGGUCGCUCGGCAUCGCCGGUGAAGACGCCCUCCCCGCCGCCGGCUCAAAGCCCGGCUGCGAAGCAACUAGCUGCUCUCAGCCAUAACGACAGCAAGCCCAAGAGCAAGACGUCGCGUCUUCGUCGGGCAUUCUCAUUCAGCAGUGCGUCUGAGUUCAGGAAAGCGGUCCAUCAUCAGGACGCCGAGAAUGGCCCAUCUAAACUGCAUAAGGAUCAGAACUCCAAUGAGCCCUUGGAUGCUGAGCAGGCCCGUAUCGCACAGCAGCAAGAGGCGGCUGGUAUUGGAAGCAACAUAUAUGGCCCCAGGAUAUUUGGGGGUUCGACCGACAAUCUCUCCAUCUCCUCAACCGCCUCCUCAGCUUCGGUUAUGAUUCGCAAGAUGGGACGCGGUAUGAAGAAGAGCACCAGGUCACUUGCUGGACUAUUCAGACCUAAGUCCGUCAUUGGUGUCCCUGCUGCCGACGCAAAGGCACCAGACGCUUCGCAAGCUACAGUGUCCAUGAUCAAUGUCGAGGCUGAAAGGGAAAGGGUGAACGUCAAUGCCGACGUUCGCUCCCAAAGCGGAGGCGGUACCGGAUUUCCUCGGCUUGAAAGGAACUCACUUGAUGCCAGCAGAGCGCAAGGUCUUGGGUCGGAGCGUGCGGGAAGCCUGGGUAGUGAUGGAUCAGCUGCAAGGAAGAGCAUUAUCGGCGGUGAACGAGAAAGGGCCGAAGUGCUUGCUGCAGUCCGCAAGGGAAUCUUGAAACACACCAACAGCAACUCGCCGAGCCCAUCUCCCCGACCUGCGGAGGGCCGAGGACUUGAUGCCCCAAGUGCCAUCACUGACUCUCCCAACUCCAGCGCACCCAGCACGCCAAACAAUGAUGAUCGAGCUGGCCAAGUUCCAAUUGGUAACGAGGAUUAUUUUGUAACAGCACUCCGCCUUCGGCAAGACACCAAAAGCGCACCUGGGACACCUCAGGGAUCCAUGAAGCGAUCCGCCACAUUCAGCCCACGGAUUGCCUUCUAUGAGACGUGGCCCAGCCAGGAGUAUGAUCGCCGCGGUGAAAUCGCCACUUGCAAUCGCUUGACACCUGUGCUGGCCCAGCAAAUCAAAGAAGAACUCAACAGCUUCAAGAUGGAAAUGGAAGUUCACGAGAACUCUAAAAUCUACACGCACUUCUUCUGACGAGUCCAACGUUACAGCGGUUCAACGUGCAGCGCACCCAUAAUUCUCGUUUCCGAGGCAUUUCCUAUUUCUCUCAGCAAAGAGCAUUGUUUGGUGUUUAUGGCGUUAUUCGGAUUUUGUCGCUUCCAGCAAGGCUUUAUUGCCUGGUAGACUCACUCAAGAGUAUCCUAAUCUUUCCUUUUGAAAACGGGGCGACAGCUGGCUGCAUGGUAGUGUAUAUGGACAACGGGGUGUUUGUCGCUGUCGUGAGUGACUCUUUGGCGCGCGUGUGGGUGUAGGGUUCUCCAAUGGCAUCAACCACUCCUUCCUUGGGCUACACGCGCUGGACCGAUGGCGACAACGAUGACACAGGGGAUCCCACGGGGCGUCAACUGGACAGAAAGUUAAGACGUUGGAUUACCCGAAGUGCAACAGAGGAGGUGGGGUGCAGUUGUUUGUUCGAUAUGUUGGAGGUCAAGCAAAAAGGAAAGAAAUGUUCAAAGGACGGAGCAAGCGUCCCUUCUUGGUCAUCUUGGAGCUAUCUGGACGGAAUUGGUGUUGUAGUCUGGGCCCAAUUUAGCCCAAUGGGAGGGGUGAUAUGGAAACCAGCAAAUAAGAGCAUCGACUGCUUCGAACAAAAUCUCUUUUAGUGAGUGGGUAUGGCAUCCUGUUUUUCAGUUUCCUUAAUUGUUUUGGAAGAGGAGCGAGAGUCAAAACGUACGUCAUAGCAAGCCUACAACCAGGUCGUUUUAAAAGCCAGCGCAGCAAGUUGAAUUUGACAGGGAGCGUUACAGCCGUUCGAUAUCGUUGUGGCAUCUUCGUUGCUUGUUGGACAUCCAGCUUAAUGCGCCCGGCGAAGUAGGCCUAUCUGGUUUUUAUUUUUUAUCUCUUGAACAUUUUUUUUUUUGUUUAUGGUCCCCAAUUGAGUCAACAAGGCGAAGGCAACACGUGAAAUGUUUUACAG